AGAACCUUCCAUUCGCAAAUUCAGCUUCCGUCUACCGAGCUUCUCUCACUUUUCGCCAUCUAGCGCCCCUCUCUCCCAGCCUAGCAUGGCUCAAACGGCUGUCCUUGCCCCUGCACAAGGGCUGUGCAACCUCAGCACCAUUGUCAGGUCAGAUGUGAGGGGAAAGAGCCCGUUCCUCGGAUCUAACGCUGCAUUUGGCGCAAGGAGUGUUCCCAAACAUGCUAGGCGGGGCCGCUUUCUCACUAUGGCCGCAGCUGAAGAAACCGUUGCAGGGGGGAUCAGCGUGGAGGACGUGCAGGGAGCGAUCAACACAGUCGCCAAGGUGACUGAGCAGGUGACGGCUGGGGCCAAGGUUGGGUAUGAGACUGUUGCAGAUGCUGUUGACAAGCUGGUCAAGUUCGCCAAACCCGCCGUCGAAACGGCUGCACCCGUCGUCAGUGAGUACACUGGGAAGGCUUUCAAUGCCGCCACCCCCCUUGCCAUUGAUGCUGCAAAUGAAGCGAAGAAGGCCCUGGAGUCCGCUGGCAUCGACACCUCUGCAGCGGGACAGUAUGUGAAGACCGCAACCAACAUUGCCGGCACUGCCGCCGACACCGUCACCUCGGCCGCCAAGUCGGCCUCCCCCCUCGCUCUCUCCGCUCUCGAGACCACCCUUGCGCAGCAGCCCACUGUUCUGGCUGCCGGGGCUGGCGGCCUGUUUUUGCUUUACCUUUUGGCCCCCUCUCUUGUGGGGGGACUGGGGCAGGCCUUCAGGGGCUAUGCAGGUGACGUGACUGCCGCCCAGGCCCUCGACCUGCUGACGUCAUCCGACUACACGCUGAUCGACCUGCGGACGGAACGGGAAAAGUCCAAGGCGGGCACCCCGUCGCUGCCCAGGGGCGCGCAGAGCAAGCUCAUCCCCGUAGCCAACGAGGAGUUCGAGGACCGCAAGCUGCGCAACCAGCUGCGCAACUCCGGGCGCGUGGAGGCGGAGGUGGCGGCCAUCAAGAUUGCCAACCUCAAAAAGCUCGGCAAGGGCUCCAAGAUCAUCCUCCUCGACGGGUCGGGCAACGUGUCCAAGACGGUGGCCCGCUUCCUGUCCAAGGCCGGCUUCGGCAAGGUGUUCGUCGUGUCCAGCGGCUUCAGCGGCAGCAACGGCUGGGCGCAGAGCAAGCUGGGCAUCGACGAGUACAACCAAUCCGGGUUUGAGAUCCUUAACCCGGGCCGGGUUAUCUCCAACUCGGGCCUCUUUGGCAGCGGGGGGGGCACAACGCAGGGCACUGCCAAGAAGGGCACCCGGACGAUCGACGCCGAGAUCCUCAAGCCGAGCCGCUUGUUGAGCGGCGGGAGGGAUUGAGUUCCUUGAGAGGGGACCCAGCGUUGGCCGUGCUGAACAGGCCUCGGUUUAUCUGGCUGGGCGGCCCAACCUGGCCAGUUGCCAGAAACACCUAGCUCCUUUUUGUCCGUCAUGUUGCAAAGUGUUGUGUUUGUUAGCUGACAUUGUCGGGGGGCCAGACUUAAGCGCCUGGCCCGUAUACUCAUGGUGCGUCCUUGAUAAGGGACUGCCUUUUCAGCUGCAGUCGGGUAGCCAGCAGCAAUAAAAGAGAAAAGUGGACCGUCCACAAGUCGAUGUUGGAUUUCCGUCAACAAACUUGGAGCUCAAGCAAAGGAGCGGGACCUUCAAGUUGCUACAAUAUGGAACCAUCAGUACGAUAGUCUAUUCACUGGUGCGCACCAGUCAGGAUUAUCGACCUAUCAUGCAAUCUGUCGGCUUGCAACCAGAUCGCUCCAGUGCAAUUCAAACGAGUUGCUGCGCUUGAAUAUAGCUGAAUCGCCAC